AUGACUCGUCUAUCUAACAUAUUAAUGCUCUUUGGCGUCGUGGGCAGCUUCGCGGCUGCUCAGUACGAUCAGGAGAAGCAGAACAAGGAUGCUACAUGCAACAAUAAUUGUUUCUUCAAGUAUUUCACCAACAAAUGCAACGCCGAUAACCCAGCGUGUGUAUGCACACUCAAAGACAUGCGCGAGAAGUUCUUCUGCUGCAUCGCCGAAAACUGCGCAGACAACGUCCUACCAGAACAAAUUGAGAGAUCUUCGAAUGAUUGCGAUGCUCACGGUAUUCCUUUCACUUUCGACGCUGAGGCUGUUUGCGGAAUUAAGCUACCCGUUUCGUCCGAGACUGUUUCGGUUUCGACUACCACCUCGGAAGCUACUACUGUUACCAAAGCGAAGGCUUCCGAGACUGUGACUACAUCUGAGGAAGAGUCAACAACGGCGAUUACUACAACUACGGGUACUGAGAGCUCGGCGGCGAGUCAGACUACUUCAGCGGCUGCAGCUACUGUCACGGAGAAUAGCGGUUCUAAGGCGAAGGGUAUGGUUGCGGCGGCGGCUAUUGCACUUGGUGUGUUUAUUUAA